AUAGAAAACCUGAGUGGGAAUCUGCUGUGCACAAACAACAGAACUUAAAAGGUUAGCGGCUGGCUAGUCAGAAAGAAAUUACAGCAGCGUUAGCCAGAGGUAAGAGAGAGGUCAAGGCGAGCACUCUUGGGACUGGGCGCACGGGGGGGGGGGACUGGAAGUUUGGAGGCGCAAAGAAAAAGAAGAGAAGAACACGGUGUGUCAAAGUUUGAAAAAUGCUGUCCAAGGUCAUCUCAGCCGUAUGUCUCACGCUGUGGGUCAGUCACUGUGCCGUCUCUGCGGCUGAGGAUCCAUUCAUGACCAAAGCUCUCAAGCUGAUGUCUGAGACCCCGCUCAUCGAUGGCCACAACGACCUGCCCUGGCAACUUCGAAAGCAAUUCAACAACCAGCUCAAUGUAGUGGACCUUAACACACUUAACACGACGCACACCAACAUCCCGAAGAUCAAGCAGGGAAAACUGGGAGCUCAGUUCUGGUCGGCCUACGUUCCCUGUGACACUCAGUACAAAGACGCCGUCCGACAAACACUGGAGCAGAUCGAUGUGGUCCACAGGAUGUGUGAGAAAUACCCGGACAACUUCAUGUUCGCCACCAGUGCCCAAGACAUCAGGACGGCCUUCAGCCAGAACAAGACAGCCAGUCUGAUCGGGGUGGAGGGGGGUCACUCCAUCGACAGCAGCCUGGGCACCCUGCGCACCAUGUACCAGCUGGGGGUCCGCUACCUCACUCUCACUCACUCCUGCAACACGCCCUGGGCUGAUAACUGGCUUGUCGACGAAGGAUCAGACCCUUCCGAGCAUAACGGACUCUCUCAGUUUGGCAAGCAAGUGGUCAUGGAAAUGAACCGUCUGGGGAUGCUCAUCGACCUCGCUCACGUCACAGUGAAAGUGAUGAACCAGGUGCUCGACAUGUCUGAAGCUCCGGUCAUCUUCAGCCACUCGUCAGCCUACAGCAUCUGUAAACACGCGAGGAACGUCCCUAGCCCAAAGAUAGUUAAUGUUCCAUUAGAGAAGACUACGAAAAUAUUCACAUUUGAGAAGCUGAAAUCUCGAGAGAAAAAAGGGAUCGUCAUGGUGAACUUCUAUAACGACUAUGUGACCUGCAGCAAGACUGCGAACAUCUCAGAUGUGGCCGAUCACUUUGACCACAUAAAGAAAGUGGCCGGGGCAGACAUAAUUGGUUUUGGCGGAGAUUACGACGGGGUGACAAGACUGCCGGAGGGGCUGGAGGACGUGUCCAAGGUGCCAAAUGUGGUGGCUGAACUGCUGAGGAGAGGAUGGACUGAUGAGGAGGUGAAUGCGGCUCUGGGAAACAACCUGCUGCGUGUCUUUACUGAUGCUGAGGAGGUCCGUGACAAGUUGACUAACAAGAAACCAGAUGAUGUUCCUAUUCCAUAUGCUGAGGUGAACAAGAACUCGUGCAGGACGAGCCACGGUUACCCCGACGACGUAACUGGAGCCGCGAGUUCACUCAGCACGCUGGCCCUGCAGCUCACACUGGCUCUCCAGGGUCUUCUCUUACUAUCAGCUCUAUAGACUGCUCAUCAGUGCAGUUAAUAGGCUGUUAAUAGGUUAAUAAGUUUACUGUUUAAAUUUUAAAAAUUGAUUUAACAGCUUGUCUGAUAUUAAUGUUUUUCUGCAGGUUAGCUUUAAAAAAAUGACCAGAUACUAGUGACUUCAGCAGUGUCAGAGUUUACUGAACUCAUCUGGCUGUUUUAAUUCACCAUAAGACCGUCAGAAAGAUGCAAAUAAUAGUAAUACAACUGUACUCAGAACACACCCACACACACACAAGUAUUCAUCAACAUCAUUACACUGACAUUUUCACAGGGAGCAGUAAAUGUCCAUAUUUUCUGAGAGAGGAUCGCCAUCUAGUGUUCCUAGAGUGCAAGAAAUGCAAAAUGUCCCAUUGGCCUCUCAGCUCCAAUUUGCCUGUUUUGAAUUUACUUUGGGUUACAAACAUGUGACGUGAUUUAGCUCUGUGGGGUGGUGGCAUGAUCAUUUGGAUACAAAACAGUCAAUGUUUCCUCAAGGACACCAAGCAGUCUGUGGAAAAAGUUUCAACACAACAAAAUGGCAUGAGAUUCUUUGCGCAACUGUAAGACCACUGAGGAUGAAAUCAUAACGUGACUUUAAUUAAAAAAAAAAAAAAAAGACCUCUCCUGAGGGUUAAUCAA